AUGUCUCGCAACUCACAAAACGACGUUGAUGCCCGGUAUACUAACAUCGAAGCUGCGCCUGCCAUUUUGGGCAACGGGUUAGGGUUGGAACUUUUUGGCCAUCGAUUUGGCGGUUGCCCCAAAGUAGCGGCACAUAACUUCAAAUCAUUUCCACGUUGGCGAAACUUGAAUCACUUUGACCAGGUGGUAUCAAUAUCCUUUGCUGAUGGAAUGAAAUAUGAAGAUAUAUCAAAGCUGAUUGUUUUUGCUGCUCAUAAUGUAUUUAAGUGUGAUCCGGAUCCUCAAGUUUAUCUCCUGCUUCAUUGUAUUCGGAGUUACAUGGAAUUCAACACAUAUGCAUCACUAGAGGUCCACACCAAGGGUACAAUCAGGGACGGCCGAAAUAUGUUGUUAGAGCUUACUGAACUGAUGGAUAUAUAUAUCAAAGAUACGGCAGACCUCUCGGAGAAGUCAUGGAAUUUUCCCAAGAUGCAUCUUUCCGCUCAUCUCUUCAACGACAUGGAGGCAAAGGGCGUCACCCGGAACUACAAUACGAAGCCGAAUGAGAAAAUGCACAGUCCGCUGAAGGACGCUUAUCAAGAUCAUACAAACUUCAAGAAUUUUGCAGAACAGAUUCUCCAAUACAACCAUGAUAGCUUAGUUGCGGAAUACAUUUGUAGCAAGAUGGAGUGCCUCGAUGUGCAGAAUCUUGGUUCAUCAGUCAUGCCUGAUCCAUUGGAGGCUGAUUCAGAUGGGCUCGAAUCAACCGAACCAACUGAUAUACAGCAUUUUAGUAUUGGUUCGCAGCAGGCAACCAAAUCAUUUGCGGAUAUUAAAGCAGCUAACACAGGUGACACAGCCUUUGAUUGA